AUGGGCAAUCGCCAUAGCCAAUCUUACUCCCUGUCAGAAGGCAGUCAACAGUUGUACGAAGGGCAGGCCCAACCCUCGGCAGCCGUGCAGCCUCUAAGCCACCCAUCAGGGAGUGGAAAGCCAGAGUUCCAUCAGCCUGUGAUGGGCUGGAUUUGGCCCCAGCCUACAGUUUGUCAACCCCUAGAUUGGAGGAGUAUGAAAGACAUACUAUUACCUGGCAAAGACUGA